GUGGAAGGUGGGAGGUCGCGCUGGUGUGGAUUCCGCCGGCAAGGCGGCUCCUUUCGAGAUGCCAGGGGCCGGGGCCGGGGCCGAGGCCAAGGGCUCGGAGUUGUCCGAGAGGAUCGAGAGUUUCGUGGAGGCACUGAAGCGAGGCGGCGGGCGGCACAGGUCGGAGGACAUGGCCCGGGAGACCCUGGGGCUUCUGCGCCGGAUCAUCACGGACCACCGCUGGAGCAAUGCAGGGGAGCUGAUGGAACUGAUCCGCAGAGAAGGCCGGAGGAUGACGGCCGCGCAACCCUCAGAAACCACUGUGGGCAACAUGGUGCGGAGAGUGCUCAGGAUCAUCCGGGAGGAGUAUGGCAGACUCCACGGACGCAGCGACGAGAGCGAUCAGCAGGAGUCUCUGCACAAACUCUUGACAUCUGGGGGCCUGAGUGAGGAUUUCCGCUCCCAUUAUGCUCAGCUCCAGUCCAACAUCAUUGAGGCGAUUAAUGAGCUGCUUGUGGAACUGGAAGGGACAACGGAGAACAUCGCAGCCCAGGCUCUGGAGCACAUCCACUCCAAUGAGGUGAUUAUGACCAUUGGCUUCUCCCGGACAGUGGAGGCCUUCCUCAAAGAGGCUGCCCGCAAGAGGAAGUUCCACGUCAUCGUGGCAGAGUGCGCGCCUUUCUGUCAGGUACAGGGACUGCUGGAGUUGGGUCAUGAGAUGGCUGUCAAUUUGUCCAAAGCAGGUAUUGAGACAACUGUCAUGACUGAUGCUGCCAUUUUUGCUGUUAUGUCAAGAGUCAACAAGGUGAUCAUUGGCACAAAGACCAUCCUGGCCAACGGUGCCCUGAGAGCUGUGACAGGAACUCACACUCUAGCACUAGCAGCAAAACACCAUUCCACCCCACUGAUCGUGUGUGCGCCUAUGUUCAAGCUUUCCCCACAGUUCCCCAAUGAAGAAGAUUCAUUUCACAAGUUCGUGGCUCCUGAAGAAGUCCUGCCUUUCACAGAAGGGGACAUCUUGGAGAAGGUCAGCGUUCACUGCCCUGUGUUUGACUACGUCCCCCCGGAGCUCAUUACCCUCUUUAUCUCCAACAUUGGUGGGAAUGCACCUUCCUACAUCUACCGCCUGAUGAGUGAACUCUACCAUCCUGACGAUCAUGUCCUAUGACCACCACCCGUCCUAAGCAGAAGCUGCUUAGGCAGACACAGAAUGGAGAGGAGACUUCCGUGCCACGGCUAAAACACAUCUUCUUUGUAAUGGCUGGAGUCAACCUGAGAAAACUUGAUGUUGUUCCCCGCUGUUUCAGUCAUCCCAUAACUGGGACACACAUCCAGGACUAUUUUUUGCCUUUCAGGUCUCAACAGAGCAGCAGGGCUUGACCUGUUGAUUUUGAAGCCUCUUAGUGACUUGGGGCAUCUGUUUCAGGUACUUAAACUUUCUAGUUCAGUGGUGUGUUAAACACAACACUGAAGACCUUGCUGAGCUACAGGUUUUUGCUCAGAAAUGACUGCCACACCUUUUCUGAGGCUGUGCCAAUAAACGCUGCUUAAAGG